UCUUUCCUCCGCCGGAACAAAGGCAAAUGGCAUCAUCGUCCCGACGUCUUGAACUUUCAAGCAAAUGCUUCUCCAGAAUUACGGCUGCGUCACCAAAUCGUUCUCAACUUCGACGAACGUACUCCCUUGGAGAGCACAAAUCAAGCAACACCAGCUGGCCUCGCAGAUCUCCACCCUCCUCCUCCAGAGGCGAAACUGGGUUCCUCUUCUUGAAACCCUCGACCUCUCCUCCCAUUUGGACGCAUCUCUCUUCCUUCGAGUCCUGCGCAAAAUCCGGACAAACCCUCAAAUAUCUCUCGGUUUCUUCAACUGGGUCAGGACCAGAUUGGGUUUUGAAGCGGACCUCAGGUCGCACUGCCACAUGAUCCAUGUACUGGUCGGGUCGGGCGAUUUUCAGCCGGCCAGACCCAUUUGGGAUUCGGUCGCCAAGGCUCACUCGGCGUCGAGAAUCGCGGAUUCGAUUAUUAGAGCGUCCGAAGGCUUGGAGGUGUUCGGGAAAAUGAGGAUGUGUGGAUUGACGCCUUUAGUCGGUGCUUGCAAUGCAUUGCUUGAUGCUUUGCAGCGAAAGGGUGAAAUUGCAUUGGCAUGGUGCUUUUACGGGGCCAUGAUUCGAGCACGUGUUUCAGAAGAUCGAGUUACAUGGUCUCUUAUUGCUCAGAUUUUGAGUAAAGGUGGGAAAUUUGAUAGGAUUACUGCUCUCUUAGAUUUGGGAAUCUAUAGUUCAGUGAUGUAUAAUGUUGUUAUUGAUCAUUAUAGCAAGAAUGGCGAUUUUCGUGCUGCAUUUGAUCUGUUAGCUCAAAUGCAUGAUAGAAGAGUUGAAGCAGGAUUUGGUACUUAUAGCUCAAUACUUGAUGGGGCUUGCCGUCAUCGAGAUGUCAAUGUCACUGAGAAAACAAUUGGAGAGAUGAUCGAGAAGGGAUUUCUCUCUCGAAGUCCAUUGUUGAGUUACGAUUCAGUCAUUCAGAAACUUAGUGACUUGGGAAAGGUGCACGCUGCAGAGAUGUUCUUUGAGAGAGCUCAUGAAAACAAGGUUAAAUUGCUGAAUGCUACUUAUGGUUGUUUACUACGGGCAAUGUCCAAAGAAGGCAGAGUAAAGGAAGCUAUUAAAAUGUAUAGAAUGAUCGAUGAAAGGAAUAUUUUUGUGAAUGAUAGCUGUUAUAAUGCAUUUUUGGAUCUUCUUUGUGAGGAAGAUCCGUCGGAAGAGAUGAGUCAGCUGGUGAGAGAACUGAUCAUGAGAGGCCUUUCUUCUCGCCACUGGGGAUUGUCGAACCUUUUAGCAUCCCAAUGUAGGAAACGGAGAUGGAAAGAAGCGGAGGAUCUGUUGAAUGUGAUAUUAGAGAAGGGACUGACACUGGAUACUUUUUGUUGUAGCUCAUUGGUGAAGCAUUACUGCUCGAUUGGGCAGACGAGUAAAGCUGUCGCCUUGCAUAUUAAGAUAGAGAAACUAGAGUCAAACUUAGAUGAAAGUGCCUGCAAUACACUCCUUGAAGCCCUCUUCAGAGAGGGGGACACCGACAAAGCAGUUAGUAUUUUCGAUCACAUGAGGAGAAGAGAUUUGGUUAGCAGCAUGAGUUUUUCGAUCAUGAUUCGUGGGUUCUGCCGCAUCAAGGAACUGAGAAAGGCGAUGACAUACCAUGACGAGAUGUUGGAAAUGGGGCUUAAACCUGACAAAGCAUCGUAUAAACGUUUAAUAUCAGGAUUUAGAUGAUAUCAAAGUGUGGCUGCUGUUGCUUAACUAUAUAGUUGGGACUUCUCCAUCUUUGGCCAUGUUCCAGUUUUGCAGUGGCUAUGACACGAGGAAGCAUUCGGGGUUCAGGCUGGGCCAUUUAAUACGAUCUUCUUCGGUACAGAUCUGAUCUAUAGCUUUGUUGCGGAAGUCCGAAGCGUUUCAGAGAAGAAUCUGAUCACUGUGUGCCCAAAAUUUUCUGAUGUUCAUGUUGCUCUGCUGUUGGAUGCUAUGAUAGACGAUGAUAGGAUGACAUUUGUUCAUGAAAAUGGAGCAGAAGCUUGUUGCUUUGCUCAAUCAAUUGGAGUUAGAAGAGAUUUUGGCUUGGUUUGAGCUCUUGGGUGGUCUCUUUCUAGAGCUUGAGCACAUUGCAAGCUACUCAAUAGUCUCUUGG